AUGCCCUCCCCUAUCUCCGCCUUGGAUUAUGUUAAACUUCAGCUAAGAAGCAAUCUUAAAGAGGACAGCGCUGAAGAGAUCCUGGCGAAUGUCGAUGAAGAAGUGCUGGAACAGAUAUCUUCCUUCCUUAGAGAAGCCGAGAUAGCUGAAGACAAGCAUGCUACUCACUGCAAUUAUGGCAGUGUUGCUGCAUGGUACAGUUCCACGAAUAAGUUUAGAUUCCAGCACACUCAGCUUGAACAACUCUACAAUUACAUUCCCGUCCUGUACCGUUGGGGGAUCCCUAUGUUCCUCACUGAACGUCAAGAUGAGAAUUUCAAUCUCGUUAUGGACAUUGACGUGAAGAUGGGAGCCGAUCAGAAAUGGGAGCACUGCGUUAGAGCGGAGCAGUGCAUCGUCGACAAGGAUGAUGGCACGCGAUUCUUCGAGUUCAUACUCAAGAACCUGUCUCCGGUUUUUCCAAGCAAGGCCCAUAUAGAUGCCGCGCUUUUCUCGGCCAGUGGCUAUAGCCGGGAUAGCGGCUCCUUCAAGGUUUCGCUGCACCUCGUGUUCCCGGCGAUCAUAGUUGACAGAAAAAAAGCGCCCAAAAUACGUACACAUGUGGUCCAGAUGUUGUGGUCUGCAUCUUUGGAAGACAGCCCUUCUUAUGACCCAUUCGUCGCCGCCUUAUCCCGUGAUCUGCUCAAACUUUCUGCGGAGAAUCGCUUCCGCAAUGUAAUUGACGAGACCAGCAUUAAUAAUAGGUUUGGUAAUCGUCUGUGCUAUUGUGACAAAGCUUCCAGACCACCGCUGGUUAAGCCAGAGGGACGUCCAUUGAAGCCCUUGGGGAUCUUACGCUAUAGCAGGGAUAAGCAGAAGCUUACCUGGCUGGACAAGAAAUUGUCAGACUCCAAAUGGGUGAGGAUCUCUUCGUGCCGCUCUAUGGACGGUACCCUGCGUAAACUCACUCGUUGGGAUCCUCCGAACACGAUGGCAUCUCGGGUUACCCGUACCGGUCCGGGCGGCAGCUGUGUGGAUGUGAACCCCCAGAAUCAGGAUGCCUUCAGAAGCAGACGAUCUCAGCUGAGGGGUGACACGACUGUUGCCGGUGGUGACAGCGCUGGAAAAAUGAAGGAGUGCGCGUACUUUGAAUGCAUAGAGCCGGUUACAGCUGAACAGUUCAAGGCGUGGCUGACGGGCUUCGGCACGGGGAAAUGGGAUGAACACAUCGAGACCCGCUCUAUAUCGUGGAGACCGAGUGGCAACAAGGGAUUCAUUCAGUACUACCCGGAAACAAGGAAAGUUGACGUUAUGGCGGUAGACGACUCGUGGAUGGGCAUCCUCACUGAGCUGUUGACGGACCCGUCGAGUAAGCUGAAAGUUCGACGUAUGGAACCGGGCGAUGCUGAAAUGACGCAAGCUGCAGGGGCAUCGAAUGGGGCCACUUUGGUUGGAGAGGCCGAUGGGGCCGUCGAGGAUGAGGAUAUGUUAGAAAUUAAAGAAGUUCUAGAGGACUAUACUAAGGCUUCGGAAGAUGAGGUGGCACUCAAGGCAGGGGAGCUGGUGCGUGUAGUGGAAGUGGAUCAAUCGGGUUGGACUAGAGUCCGUAAAGAGAACGGUAGCGUCGGCUGGGUGUCGGCGGAAUUCCUCGCGGACCCGGACCCGAACCGUAAGGAAGAGUGAGACGCUUUCGAGAUAAGUAUGAUGGUGGUGGUCCGUGCAUGCGUGUGCACAGACCAUCGUUUCAUAUGAGAUUAGUAAGCUAUUUGUGAAGGAGCCAAUAUGAAUUUCCUGCUCUCAAGUCAAGUCAGAUCGAUAGUUUCCUGC